CCAAGCCGUAAUGGCAGUAGCUUAGAACGCAAUAAAUACAACUAUUGUUUUGUCUAAAAGGAAUAACUAGAUAAAGAGAAGAAAAAAGAAUGGCAGCUUUUUGCAUCUUCAGAACAUUAUCAGGAUAUCUAGUUUCUACUGACAGAUGAUAAUGACGAAGAAAUUAGAGGGAAACAAACCAGCAUACCAUGUGAACAACUUUGUUAAGGCCACGAUCAAAAUUUAAAACAACUUUAAAACACCAAAGAAAAUCGCCUGAACAAAGAAAGCAAACAUCACAUAAAACCAGGAAAUAGGUAUCAUUAUGGCAUCUUCUUGUUCAUCGACCGAAAAACGUAACUUCCAGUGCGUUACUGUGGCCAGUGUUGAUUUAAUAAAACUGCCUCUUAGAGACAUUUUUGACAGUCAUAUCAAGCCUGUAGACCUUUAUCAUAAAAUCCAAUCAUGUUCAACUCUAAAACUUCGUCCAGACCAACUAAAGAUCUGCCUUAUUCCACCACCAGGUGUUCCUGAUUACAAUACAUUUGAUAUUACUUUGCUAUACACACUUAUUCGGAAUUUAUGUUCUUUACCGUGUCCAGCACAAGGUUGGGGUAAGGAACCUAAAACCAAGGAUACACAAAUAAGUGAUGAUAUUGAGCGACUACGAUUAUUCAGAAACAUCUACUAUGCUCAUGCAGAGUCUGCAGUGAUUUCUAACGCUAAGUUUGAAGAUAUUUGGAAAAAUUUAAAGUUAAUUUUCAAGAGAAUUCAACCAAAAACGGCAUGCAGUAUAGAUUAUGAAGAACAGUUGAUACAUAUAGAACGCACAACAUUUACAGAUGACUAUUUGACCACGUUUAGGGUCCUUUUAGAAGCUCUCGUGACGUUAGAAAAACAAACAGAUAAUAGAGAUGAACCAACCGUUAGUAUUCGAGGUGAAAAUGAAAUAAUAUGGGGAGACACAGCUCAUUUUGAAGCAGACGUGAAAAAAGCUGAUUCCUCGUGUUGGUCAAUUACAUGGCAUAGACGCAGAGGAGAUAACAUCAAAUGUAUAGACACAAGUGUGGAGAAGUACAGCGGUAGUACAAAAAGAAAACUUGUCAUAAACGAUGUAUGUAAGGAGGAUGAGGGAGAAUAUCAGGCUCUUCUCUCAUUUGAGUCGAAAGGACCUGAUCAUAAAUCAAGAAAUACCAUUCGUCUACAUGUAAUUGGAGACGUCCCUAGAGUAAGAAUAUUUGUGGAUUCACCAGUUUGUUUUGGGUCUGAAACAAUAAUCAAGUCUGUAGUGUCAUCAACACCGACACCUGAGAAAACAGAAUGGCAGAAAAGCAAAGAUGAAACUGAUUUCCAUUUGAUCGGAAAAACUGAUAUUUACCUUGAAAGUAACGAAAACUUUAAAAAUCCUUUUCUUUUGAUAUCUAAAACAACUUUUGCCGACAAGCUUUUCUAUCGUCUAUGGGUUUGGAAUAGAGUUGGAAAGAGUGCCAGUAACACAUUUUACCUAAAUGUCACAGGAAGUCCUCCAAAUAUCACGACAAGUUUCGUAACAAACAUCAAAAACAAAUCAGUAAAACUGAUGGGGGAAGUGUAUUUCCUUGAAAAUUCUCCUGGCAUUCUUAAAACCUUUUGGACUAAAAAUGGCGAGAAAAUAAAUAUAAAAGAAAGUGGUGGGAAACUAUCAGAAUUGAUCACUGACAAUCCAUCACUGACGAUCACAGACGUUGGCCCUGAUGAUGCUGGCGAAUACAAAGUAACUGCCGUCAACGCUGUAGGAUCAACUACAAGUGAAGUCAUCGUUCUAGGUAUCCCUAGUGUAUUCUCGGAAAGAGUCGAAGAUGAGAUAAAUGGAGGCCGGCGGAUAACUGUGACGAUUACAUCAUUUCCAGCACCUUGUCAAAUACGAUGGAAUGCAAAAAGUAAAGACGAUGAUACCUUCACACCGAUCGAUAUCAAUGCUGAAGAAUACGAUGGGACAACAGUGACGUUUCCCCAUCCAGUGCUAGUUGUGAGACAAAGAGAUCAACUUGAAAAUAACUGCUACCAAAUAGAAGUUACGAACUUCAUUGGGAAAAUCGUGCAAACUAUUUCCG